CUUCCGUUUCUUCUCUCUAUCGUCAACUGCCUCUCGUCUUUAAGUUUUUUUUUUCUUUUUUUCCUAUUGCUUAUUUUCUGUACUUAGCAUGACAUCUUCUGCUUUGAUUCAAGCUUCCAUUGUUAAUUGUUGGCAUGCUUGUGAAUUUUUUUAUGCCUGAUCUGAAAUUGAUUUACUUCUAGCUUUUGAAAGUUCUAAAAAUAUAGCUCUAAUUUGGAAUCUCUUGUUAUGAUUUGUCUUAAUGCCCACGGAUUCCAAAAUGUUUGAGUUAAUGGUCUUGUAAAUUUAGCUUGAAAAAACCAUGUAUUGGAUCAAUCUAUAACAAUUCAUUCCUGCAAAUCGUUCGUAAUUCAAUUUUAUUUUUGUUGCAGCCGUUCUUAGGCUGUUCUUUGAGGUGCCAUUUGAAAAAAUUCCUCCCCCCCCCUCCCCCAAUAAUGCAGCAGCUAGCCCAUGAUAAAGUAAGAUAAUUGGCGCUGGAAGAUCAUAUCUAUUGCUGAAAGUUUGAAUAAGGCAUGAAAGCUUGUGUUGGAUGGCGUCGUUUCCUCUUCUGUUUCCCACUUAUUUUCAUCCUUCCUCAUUUGUUCUCCGGUGGUUGUUCCUCUUUGCUACUAAAUCAUUCACUUUUCUGGAAUUGCACCAGAAUCAAGCAGUCACAGAUUCCCCCAAGGAACACAUGAAGAAGUUUGAUGUUCAGAAUUCAUCAGGAGAUGGUGCCCCCAAGAAAAUAACCAGGAAAUUUGAUCACCUGGUUCUUGGACCUGCUGCCGGAGAAGGCUUGCCCAACCGUUUGCAAUGCCGAGGAGUUAAAGCUCUCAACAAGACCCAUUUUUCAAACCCUUCUCAUCCCUCUAGUGUCGGUGAUGGUAUUGCGUUUGUCACUGUUUUUACCAUUUACAACAACUCACCCGAUGCUCUUGCAGAUGGUAAACCAUCAAACUUGGUCACUGUUGGGAAUGCUUCAUAUAGUAAGCCAGAGCGAUCUAUGGCCAUUUUGAAUGUCUUCAUUAACUUCAUUCAGGUGAGAAUGCCUCAGAGCAAUGUUAUUAUUCUGACUGAUCCAGAAUCUGAUUUCUCACUGCACCAAAACAGAGUUACUGUACUUCCCAUUCAGGGUGAAUAUUCCCGAGACAAGUUGAUGCUUCAAAGAAUCAGGUCUUACAUUACAUUUCUCGACAUCAGGCUUGAGAAGCUGUCGCAGGAGCAGGGGCGUAUAACUCAUUUCAUCUUUUCGGACUCAGAUAUUGCUGUAAUUGAUGACUUGGGUCAGAUAUUUGAAAAGUACCAAGAUUUCCAUGUGGCUCUUACCUUCAGGAACAACAAAGAUCAGCCUUUGAAUUCUGGAUUUAUUGCUGUGAGGGGUACACGUGAUGGUAUUUUAAGGGCUAGAACAUUUUUACAGAAAGUAUUAGAAGUCUAUAGUUCCAAAUACAUGAAGGCUUCCCGAAUGCUUGGUGAUCAGCUGGCCCUUUUCUGGGUCAUAAAGUCCGAUGCCUCUUUUGAUGCAAAAAGAUUUAGUAAAGCUCAGGCUUUUAUCAAAGAGAUCGGUGGUGCGUCAGUGCUGUUUUUACCGUGUGCUACAUAUAAUUGGACACCGCCUGAGGGUGCUGGCCAGUUUCAUGGCAUGCCUCUGGAUGUCAAGGUUGUUCAUUUUAAAGGAUCAAGGAAACGCUUAAUGCUCGAGGCUUGGAACUAUUUCAACUCUUCUGCUGACAUUUCAGAUAUGUUGUGCCUCAUCUUGAAGAGUGGGAGAACAAAGUACGACUUUUGAGCAAUUUCAUUUGAUUUUUGCAUGGAAUGAGUUAGCAUGAUAGGUUAUCCAUUUAGGUGAUACUUGAUUUUCCCACGUUUUGAUCGAAUCUGAUACAUGAAUACAUUUAGAAGACAGCUUAGAGACUCAAGAUUGUGGAAAUGUACAAUUUGCGAAAGUUUUCAUCAUUCAUUUGAGAAACAAAUGCAGUAGAAAUAUGUACAAUUGUAGUUUUGGUUAAAGCAGAUAAAGUGAAUUUUUUCAUGCC